GUGGUGGAAAUCCAUUUAUGGGGAAAAUGCGUCAACCAGGCGCGAUGACCUCAUAGAGACACGUCUCCAUGGUGACGGGCGGUUAUAAAUACAGGAAAGCCGUCUGUUCCCUCACAAACAGUUUUUCGUCACAGGAGAGUCGUUAACCGGUUCGUCAGUGAGAUCAACAAAAGAACACAACACCUGUAUAAGGAAAUAGGAGAGAAGAGAAGGAAGACGAUGCAGUCAGCAGAUCCACAGGAGAUGGAGCAGGAGAGAAAGCUGCGCCCCCCACCCAGUCCCACAGCCUGCGGGUGCUGGAGCGACUGCUUCACCCUCUUCAACAGGAGGGACCCAAUCCGGGAGAGCCAGAGAGAGGAGGAGCAGCUCCAACAGGUUCAGGGAGGAAGGAGAGAGAUGGACCUGAAGGAGAAGACAAAAAAGCAGAAGAAAAAGGGAAAGAAGCAGAGGAAGCAGGACGAGAAGAGGAAUCUGCAGAGUGCCGGAGAGAGCCAUGAUGAGGUGGUGACGGGAAUGGAGCAGAUGAAACGAGAGAAUCACAUCAGAAGUUUGGAAGAAAACAUAAAACAGCAAGAGAUGGAGAUUCUGAGAUUCCGGGAGAGAGAAGAAAAGCUAAAAGAAAAGCUGGAGAGAAUGAAAGAGAAAAUAGCCAGGAAAGAGCGGAAGACUCUCAAAAUUAUACAGAGAGAUGAGAAGCUGAAGAGAGAGCUGCAGGCGAUGAAAGAGAGGCUGGCACAGAAAGACAGACAGAGCAAGGAAGAAAGGAAGGUCACCAACCUGAAAACAGUGGAAAUGACAAUCACUGUAAGUAUGAAAGAAGAAGUUAAGAUGGACGGAGAAAUAGAAAAGCAGGAAGAGAAAGAACAACAGAAAGAGAGUGUGAGGGAUGAGAGCGACACUGUCCCUCAGGAAGCCGGCCCACAGCCUCAGGCCGUCACUGAGUCUAAAUCAGAAGAUCAGGUUUCAGAGGCUCAGACUCAGGUCCAGGCUGAUGGGUCAGAGAGUAGAAAGGCAGCUGAGGAGAAGAUGAAGUGGACCGGCCAUGACAGCGGGGAAGCAGUGAGCAUUGAGGUGGAGAACCUUCAGGUGGAGCCUGCAGCACGGAGCUCGUCUGGAAGCUGGAUGUUGCAGAGUGUGCUGUCCUCAGUUCGCUCCUUCGUUCAGCGCCUGAGAUCCCAUUUCUCAGCUGUGCAAGUUCAAGCUGAGAAAGAAGAGGAGCAUGAGGAAGUUUCUCCAUCACGUCCGUUGAUUCCGCUCGGAGCGCCGACAGGGGUCCUGACUGUACACCUGAAGGCCUGCAGAGACUUCAGGAAAUCUGCUCUUUUGAAGAAAGGCACUUGGGCUACUGUGAGGGUCACUAUUGGGAGAAUGGUGAAGUACACAGAGCAGCAGCCCUAUAAUAACCCCACGUGCUUCAACGAGUGGAAACACUUUUCCAUACAGAUCCAGCAGGAAGAAGUUUUAAGGGUUCAGCAGUCCACUGUGAUGGUGGUAGAACUGCUUAUUUGUGAUCCUAACUCAGCUGCCCCCAGACUCAUGGGGAGAGACACCAUCACGCUGCAGGAGAUCCUUAAGAAAUCUUCAUUCGGCCACCAGUUCAACUUGAGGCUCAGACACCAGAAAGUUUGCAAGUUGGACGCAGAGCUGGCGUUCACAUACGGCUCCUUGGGCUACGGGUACUCUCACCAGAUCAAACAUCCAGGAAGAACGAUGGAGAAUCUGGUGGAGAAAUCUCUCUUUCCCCGCUGCCCUCCUAAUCAAGAUCAAAGAGAUCCGCAAUAUAAUGUGACAACCCCCUCCACACUGCCCCAAGUGGACAUCAUUCCCUCUCUGAUGCAGCAAGACACACCAAGAGGCGCAGAGUGCAGGAUAUCUGCUGGCCUGAUGGACUGCAUCCAAAGGAGAGGCAGGUUGUUACAGCUGCAUAAAGGCUUGCAGGAGUGUACGACAGGAGAGGAUAGGGUGCAGUUUCUGGAAAACCUGAUUCUAAGGAAGAGUCUUGGCACCAGCUAUCCCUGCAGAAAGAACGAGAGCUCUGAGGUGUAAGGUCCUGUCUAAAGAGGAGGAAAUGAAGAGAAAUGAGGAGGACGAGAACUAUGGAACGACAGAGACAAGAACAGGAAAGGCUACAUGCAAGACGAGGAAGUAGAGAGAAAAAACAGCAGAACUUGAGGUCCGUCUCCAUUUCUCUCAGCACUGGCUCGUCUGUUCCUCUUUAUCCUGCUCCAUUCCCACCAUCUCGACUCACCUGCAGCAAACAACAACAAAGUGCUGGAUCUAAUAAACAAUACAUUACAAAUAAAAAAA